CAAAUCCAAAAUGUAGCGUGCCGUGCUUUAUGCCUCUCUUAAGUGUGAAUUAUGACUGGACCAAGCGCUAGCGAUCGGGUCGGGAGUUGCGUGGCGAAGUUGGGAGCUUUGAGAGGCACAGAGGGCGCUACACACGACUUGGAAACGGGGAAGCGGAAAAAUCGAUGGGCGCGCUCGUGGCUCACUCCCGCGAAACGGACCCUGCGCGCCGCAUGGAUUUUCCGGAGCCAAGUCGUCUCCAACUUGUUUAUUAGCGUGGCCCCUUGGCUUUUCGAGUCGGACGAGCCAUGUCCGUUGGCGCGAGGACUGGUGGUGAGUUUCGCGCCCUUGCUCCGUCGACCGUAGCGUGAAAGGAGCCGAGAUGCUUUUGCCGAACCAGUGCCAUGUGCGAGUGAGCUAUUUUCUAGUGUGAGUGCCAGUGUCAAGACCACCCGAACCAUGGACGAGAAUUUGAGCCGCGGGUAUAUCCAGCUGGGCAAGACCAGGAUGCCCGGCGACAUGAGGAUGUCCAACGGAUUCAACCACCUCUCGCCGCCCAUCGACAAAUACAACGGAAUAUAUUUGUCCCUCGUCUUGGCCGGAGUCGGGUUCCUAUUGCCCUACAACAGUUUCAUCAUAGCUGUGGAUUACUUUACUCAGCAGUAUCCUGGAACCACCAUCGUGUUUGACAUGUCACUCAUAUAUAUUGUCAUGGCUUUUUUUGCUGUCCUGGCAAACAAUAUCCUCGUUGAAACUUUGUCUUUAAAUACGCGGAUAACUUUUGGUUACCUUGUUUCUUUCAUCACAUUGUUGUUUGUAGCAACCUGUGAAGUUUGGCUCGGAAUUUUCGGCCACACAUUAGCAUAUACAAUGAAUUUAAUAGCGGUUGCUGUAGUUGCUCUCGGAUGCACAGUUCAGCAAUCCAGCUUUUAUGGCUACACAAGUAUGCUUCCAAGUCGAUAUACACAAGCUGUGAUGGCAGGAGAAAGUGGUGCUGGAUUUUUGGUGUCUGUAAAUAGAAUUAUUACAAAACUAAUAAUGGAUAAUCAAACCCUGAACACUCUGAUAUUUUUUGGAAUCAGUGCUGUUGGUGUGGCUGUGUGUUUUUGUUUGCAUCAAGUUGUUCGCAAAACAGACUUCGUUCAGUUUUAUUUGACUCUUUGUCGAGAAUCAAAGAAAAUAACUCUGGAACCAGCCGAGGAUCUUGGUUUGAUGGAUCCUACAGAUCAAAUCGAAGGUUCCGAUCGUAACCAAUAUGGUGUGUUGAAACUUAAUCAACAAAGUCCAAUGGAGUCAUCAAAUGCAGGUUUCAGUUUCGCAAAUCCGGUGUACGAGCCGAAUUCUGCAACAACUGGUACUACCUAUAAAGUUGAAGAUGUUGUCAUCCGACUCCGGAGUGAAUCAUCAGGCGGUUACACAUCAAUGGGUCCCACUAAAGUUUGGUCCAAUAUCAAAAGAGGUCUUCUGGCACGAUGGGAAGUGGCAAAAAGUAUCUGGCAUUACAUGUUGUCAAUUGGCUUGGCUUAUUUUGUCACCUUAUGCCUCUAUCCUGGUAUUGAAUCAGAAAUCAUUAGUUGCAAAUGGGGUUCAUGGAUGCCCGUCAUUCUCAUGGCUGUUUUUAAUGCAUCUGAUCUUAUUGGGAAGAUCCUGGCCUCAGUUCCAUACGAGUGGUCCCGCAGCCAGCUCCUAAUGUUUGCUAGUGCGAGAGUAAUUCUUGUUCCUCUACUGCUGCUUUGUGCCACUCCCCGUGGGAACCCUUUCAUUCCAGAAGAAGCAUAUCCUUUGUUUUUUUCAAUGUUAUUAGGCUUGAGCAAUGGUAUUGUUGGAAGCGUACCAAUGAUUCAAGCACCAAGUCGCAUCGCUGAUGAGCAUCGAGAACUCACAGGAAACAUCAUGACUCUAUCUUACAACAUCGGACUCACUGGUGGCUCCUUGGUAGCGUACCUUUUGGACGCAAUGCUCGGUCCUCCUGUCGGCUCUCCAUGUACGACACCUACUUUUGUUAUGUACCACAACCGUAGUGUUUUCCCAUCAGAACGAGUUCGUGUGACAACGCAGUCCAUUGCCACCACAGUCACCACCACUGUCGCUACUGUUGCAACCACAGCCAUGACUGUGUUAUCCACCACACAAGAACGCCCGCUCACAACCAUUCGACCUUUCUCAAUGAAACCUUUGUUCCUGAAUUCAACAAUUCCAGUUCCUACUCUGAUUGCUAAUGCGACAUCGCUUUUAACAAGCACUGCUACAACAAGUGUGUAGGAAGAAACUUUUGUCAACCAUUAUUACAGACCUCUUAAUAUCAUUUUUCAUGAAAUAGAUAUUUUAAAAUCAUUUUGAGGUACGAAUAUUUUCUCCAUGGUCAACCCAUGACAACUCGUCCUGUCUCACUUUUUGUACUUUCAUUAGGCCAAAACUAGCUGUGUGAAAAAUAAGACUGAAGGUCGCAACUUGUUACAGCUGAACCAGUACAGCUGAACUGAGGCUUGGUACUAUAAAAACAUGAUAAAAUUAUCUUACAUAAAUUGAUAUCAUUAACUUAUUAAUCAAUGACUGCAGUGUGGACUGCAAUAAGUUUCAAUAAAAUUCUAUGCACAGUUGUUCCAACAUAAAAAUGCUAGAAUUUGUUGCAACUCAAUCCACCAUUGAAGUUGCAAUAUUAUUGCAUGUUUUGCCUCUAGUUCGUUGCCUGUCCAUGGAUUUUAAGUCUGGAAAAUCUUGCAAUAAAUCAUAAUUUUAUCGAUUUAAGUCAAAAUUGUUGAUUUACGUUACCGAUAAAUGUCUCCUUUGCUUGUUUUAAACUAUGGAUAAUAUUUUCAAAAUUUCAAUCGUUCCCCAUUAAGUUUAAAUUUUUUAGGUCUUUAAUAAUGGAAAAUUUCAUGACGUCAAGAAGAAUGAGAAAUACCCUUGAGGCUUGUUCCCUGCCUUUCUUACCUUGUGUGAUUCCUUAAUUUUUCUAUUAUUGGAUGUACAUAGUCUACAGAAUGCUACUUUACUCACCUAUUCCUGACCCUUGACAUGUUUCAUAAUUGCCAAAUCAUGAAUCUGAGGGAAGAAAAAUGUGUGUUUCCCAGCAUCCAACAAAUAACUUUCAACUAAUUAUUGGCAAUAAGCAAGAUUUUCACCAAGCUUUUUUCCUCAGGGACACAUAAGUGUCAAGAAGGCCAAUUUUCAUUGCUACCUAUUUGAUACUGCCUAUGUGGUAAAAAAGAAAAAUAUGUUUUUCAAAUUUCUAUAGUUUUACAUUUUUACUGGGUAAAAAGAAGAGGGUUUCUCUUGAAGUUUGAAAAAUAUUGAUUCUAAUUAGAAAUGGAGUUAGAAAUGUCCUCUUUUGCCAAGACCGGAGAAAUUGAAUUUUGAUUAUUUACAAUUUUAGUGACCCAGUGAAGAUUGUUCAUGGCCAAUUGACGCUAGACUAAGAAACAGAAUGCUGCAUAUGGCUGUGCAUAGAAGAAUCAUAAAUUUAUCUACAUAGGAAUCUAGGUAUUAUCUUUUUUGAAGAUAAUACAUCUUGCAGAGAUUUAUUCCUGGCUUCGUAAUUCAAGUGAAUAAUUUUGUAAGGAUACAAAAUUUCAUCAAGAUCAUUCAUUAAAAAUUUUACACCCAUCAUUUCUCUAGACAAAGGGCUUGAUAAUUUCUUGCUCUUUUGAGUUGAAAGCAAACAGGUUAGAUAUAUAGAAAAUCUGUAAGUAUCUUUGAACUAUCAAAAUUAAAACCUCAGUAUUUUGCUGUUUAAGAGCUUAGGUUAAGUCUUGAUAUUUGAAGUUUAGAUAGUUUCCUCCUAAUUUUGUACAAUUUACCUUGUUUUGAAUAAAUAUUUGUUCUUAAAAUU